GUUAAGAUUCUCUUCUGCCAUUAGUGUAGGCGGGAUUUUUUAACCCGUAAUGUUUCAUACAUCAGACGGCACUGUGCUCGGAUUUUAUUAUAUUUUAUCGGCAAAGCCUUUGCGGAAGAUUGGCUGGCACUAUCUCUUACCUGGGACUCGAUGUCACGAACACUGCGGUAUCUAUCAGGAGUGGCUGAUAAAGUAUCAAUUGCACAGAGCACUAGCCCAUCGCGCUGGCACAUUGUAGGCGGCACUUAAAAAUGAAACGUUACUUUAGGGAAUUAGUGACAAAAUUAAUAACGAUUAAGUGCGAGUAAAUAAGCGUACCGGAUGACUCCGUACCGUGGGAUUUUUUUUCGGUAAAACGUACCGUCGGAAAUAUUCGUAACGAUCCUGCGCCUUUUAUCAACCGGAAUGUAAAGACCUUCUUCGGGGCAAUUGUCAUCUUUAAAAGUUAAUCAGCCACUCGGGAAGGCGUUGCAAACGAGUCGGCAUGUACUCGUGAUCUCGCUUCUCAUGGAUUUAUACAAAAAUAGGAUCCUAGAUAUAAAUGUGAGGCUUAAGAUUAUCUCCCGAAGACAGUGGGACAUGCUUCAACGUGCGCGGCGUGAAGUCAAAAUACCGAGAUAAAAGUCGAGUUUAUUUUAUUCACCACUUCCUGGAUGAUGUCUUCCUCCUCUGAACCGGUCAGGAACAAUCAUGACGGUUUAGACGCGAACAUUCAAGAAGAGGGUAGUUUAGGCCGGCUUUUCCCGCGGACAUUCGACGAGAUGAAGCACAGCUCUGCUUAUGUUCCCCAUAACCGAUUUUCAAGGUACACCACCGCGCUCACGAAUCUGGCGCCGAUAAGAUUCAAGAGAACUCCAGGCUCUGAAUUGCCGCUCGAUAAGAUUGGUCUAUUGUCGAGCGCCUCGUUGAAUUGGCUUAAUGAAUAUUUAUCUGCCGGUUGCAAGAAUGGAAUGAUUGACAAACCUCUGCCUACCAUUGCGCAACAGGACUCUUGCGAAAUAAACGGCCCUAGAUUGGAUGGCUUGUGGCAUGCACAUGUAGUUGAACGAGGUCAAACAGGAGCAUCCGUCCCCCUCGUGGCAUGGAGAUUCGUUAGAACGCGAGUUUUGGUCGCAUCUUUUAUAUAUUUCCUAGGCAUGAUAAUGUCUCUACUGAAUCCUAUUAUUUUCCUACAGAAAAUUAUCCUCACUAUCGAGGACAGAAACAAUGUCUACGAUAAAGCAAUGGAGAACAGAACGAGUUUACCUGGGAACGCUUCUACUUCAUCGUCUACACGAGUCUCCACAGCUUUUAAGGACGCGUCGGUCGCUAACUCUUCCGUAACUUCAAAUAAUAGCUUAAAGUUAAGUCAGAAGUUUAUUGAUAAGCUACCAGAUUCGGUGGCACAUGUAAUUAUGGUCGAUGAUGUUGUUACGUUCACCUACGUCGGGAUUCUUGUCUUGGUGGAAGUGAUUUCCUGCUUUUUAAUCGCAUGGAGCGUUAGCUUGAAUCUGAGAACAGCUUGCCGUUUAAGGUCUGCCUGUUUAGCGAUGGUGUACAAAAAAUUAGUGCGCUCUUCUUUAAGAUACAACGUCUCGGCGCAUCAGAUAAUGAGGUAUUAUGUACCCGACAGCGAGACACUGUACGAGUUGAUAAUAAAUGGACCAUUGUUGUUCACUGGGCCGUUUUUAUUAAUCAUCACAGCUACGUUCAUUUGGUACUCUAUGGGGCACUGGGCCCUUAUCGGAAUCAGUGUACUGAUAAUAGAGUACUCGGUCUUGAUUUUUAUUGCCUAUUUGGCGAAAAUCUUCGCCACGAAAGCGGUUGAGCACUCGGUAAAGCACGUGGGAUUUAUUGAAGAGUUUCUUAACAAUAUUUAUCUGGCGAAGGUUUCCCUGUGGGAUAGUUAUUUCGAGAGAAAUAUCAAGGACACGCGAUCGAAGGAGCUUUCGGACAUGAAAUUGGGAGGAUUAGCGGAAGGCUGGAGUUUGUCAAUGGUGCACUUGAUUCCAAUUAUAACAGUUUGCGUUACUACUUUGGCGAGUCUCCUUAUGCAGAAACAAAUCGCCUUUGCCCGCUAUAUCCCCGUGUUGGCUCUUUUGUUAAUAAAUGUUAAACAUUGCACAAGGAGCAGCUGGUUGGCAAUGAGUGGUUUCUCUCGAGGCAUUACAUCUCUUAAUAAAUUAAAGACUAUAUUAACAAUGAGGGAGGCCGAACGAUUCCCGGACAAACCGAUAGACAAGAAUCUGGCGAUCGCAAUUAACUGGGGAAACUUUACGUGGAAAGAAGACAAGUGCACCAUCGAGAAGUCGAUCAGAUGUUCGUCCCAGUUUUAUUUAGACAACACCGAAGGAGUUCCAAUUUCUAUGGGAAAUUUACUGCCACCGGAUACUUUGAUGGACAUUAAUUUCUUUGCGUCGAAGGGGAAAUUGAUCGGGAUUUGCGGCCAACCAAAUUCUGGUAAAACAUCUCUUUUGUUGUCUAUAAUGGGUCAUCUGCAUCGAGUUAGCGGUCACGUUGCAAUCGACGGUAAAUGUGCAUUUGCUCCUGAAGUGCCUUGGUUGUUCAAGGGUACUGUCAAGGAAAACAUUAUAUUCGGGGAGAAUUUUGAUUCUACGAGAUAUUAUAAAGCUGUGAAGCUGUGCUCGCUGACCGACGACAUAGCUGCACUUCCAGCAUCCGACGACACCGAACUCAAUAAUUUGAGCCUGACACCUGCUGUAAAACAGAAAAUAGCAUUAGCUCGAGUAUUGUACAUGUUCAAGGAUAUCAACAUUCUGGACAACCCACUCGCGGAUGUAAGUGCGAACGAUUGCAAAGAGAUAUUUGAAAAAUGCAUAAUGCACGCAUUGGGCUGCAAAACGGUGAUCAUGGUAUCCGAUAAAAUUCAGUUCCUAAACAGAUGCGACAUUAUUUACGUAAUGCGAGAAGGGAAAAUCGUCGAGCAGGGAAAUCACGAGGAAUUGUUGCAAUGGAAUAGCGAGUACACUCAGAUAAUUAAUUUAUACGCGAAGAGGUAUCAGCAGAAGUACAGAAGCAAGGAACAAAUUAGUAGCUCUACCCAGUUAGUGUUUGGAGGUGCACCGAGAGCAGUAUUGAGAAGUACAAGUACAACCACCUCCUUCAAUAGUUUUCCUGAUGACGGUGAUAAUUCACUAUCCUCUAAGCAGAGACUGAAUUUCGAUCUACUGCCGAUUGAGUAUAGUUCUCAAUCACCGAUAGAUUAUUGCAUUUAUGUGAAACAUGUUGGGAGUUGGUUCGUAACGGUUUUCAUAUGUCUGAUUGCUCUUUGCUAUUCGUUCUCGAUAGCGAUUUCGCCAUUAUUCUUUAUAUACAUUGUGAAGAAAAGUAUCAGCAGUGACACGGAUAUCAUUUUAACGUUCCUAAAUUUGAUGGGCAUCUCUUUUCUCUGCGGAAUAAUUUUCAUGGCUUUCUACAAUAUUGUCAUUUUCAAAGUAGCGACGCGCUUACAUGAACGCUGGCUUGCUACUUUGUUCAGAGGGAACAUCUCGUACUUAAUAUGCGUGUCCCCAUCGAUUUUACUCAACAUGUUCAUUGUGAACUUGCAGGAAGUGGAUUUUAAAAUACCACGGUCGGCAGUAACAGUUCUCAUGCAUACUGGGAUUAGCAUUUUGAGUGUAAUAACCCUGGCUCUCCUUUCUUCAUGGCUGUUAAUACCCAUUGUGAUAUUCAUCUUCGCAUCUAUUUUCUGUACCUUUUACGUAAGAGGUACGACUUUGAGUCUGUACGAGGGGACGAUGCAAUUUACUUUCCAGAUGUGCGAUUACUUGGCAAAUGUCGUCGAGGGACGUGGGAUCAUUCAGUCCUCUCAAAAGGGACGAGAUGUCACUAGGAAUAGGUUCCACAAGUUCUGUGAUAGCAAUUCAACCCACGACUUCAUGCUUUACGCCACCAAGUUGUGGAUCGAAUAUAGGAUAAAGCUACUCUCAGCCUUAACACUUGGGACGGUCACGUUAAUGUGCGCUUCUCUUCCCGUGAUUAGAAACCGUUUUGAAUUAACGGGUCUAUCUUUCAUUUGCACCCUUCAAUUAACAACCAGUAUCGUCCAUUUAACCGGAGCCAUUGUUAACAUAUUCAUGAGCUGUAUGACUCUUACCGGAUUUGACAAAUACUUAAAGAGUAUUCCAAAGGACGACUCCGAGCUUGCGAAAUCUGCAAAAUGGAUCGGCGACAGUGGUUUAAAAUUCGAGAAAGUUUUUCUGGCAAAUGAUAUCAACUCGACGGAGGGACCUUUGAAUUUUACGAUUGCACCCGGAGAGAAAGUGGGUAUUGUCGGGGGCAGUGAGAGCAAAAGAACGAUGGUAUCAGCGAUGUACAAGCUUCUGCAACUUUCGUCAGGGAAUAUUUUCAUAGGGCACACGAACAUUGUAGACAUACCCUCGGAACAAUUGAAACAAUGCGUAAGCUUCGUACCCGCGAACCCGGUACUUUUCAACGCCACUAUAAAAUGCAAUUUAGACCCGAUGGGUGACGCGCUGGAUAAGGAAAUAAUGGCGGCGUUGCAGAAGGUCUACCUUUGGGAGAAAGUGUCGAAAUUGGCGGAGAAAUUAGAGAGCAACUCCCGCAACGUCUUCACGAAGUACGAAAGGAGGCUGAUAUUCUUUGCACGGGCGAUUUUGAAAAAGACAACCAAAAUAAUAAUCGUGGAAGAGCCGAGCGACGACCUCGGACCAAACAACGAGAUCAUGGAGACGAUAAUGCGCGAGACUUUAGCAGAGUACACAGUCAUUGUCAUGUGCACGGAAAAGGUGGGGUACUGUCAAAGGACGAUAACUCUCAAAAGCGACAGCGCGAAGAGAAUCGACUCUACCUAAAAGUGAUAGAAUAAUAAAAAAAUUCCGUCAAAAAGCGUCCGAUCCUAAAAACUCGAAAAUUCGAUUAGCAACCACCGCGCAAAAUAUACAAAAGUACGGACUUAAUCGUUCCAAUCGCUCUCAUCCGGUGCAUAUUCUUAAGGAAUGGGGGGAAAAAACCCAUAGCGACCAAGUGAUCUGUAAGAAGAAAUGUCAAGGAUUAAAAAUGAACACAUUGUCGAUCA